CCAUGCUGACCCCCGGCCUGCGGAGCUCGCAGCGCAGCCCACGUUGCCUCCCGGGCCCCUGUUAGCCCAGGAGGGAGUGGCCUCGGCCGCCGGGGCCAGCGCCCGCACGGUGCCCCAGGGGAGGCGGAACCGAGGUGCGCUCGGAUCCCCGGCUCAGCCGUUCGCACUCCAGCUGCGUCCCCCUCCCGGCCGCCCAGGGCGCCCAGCGGCGAUGGGGGCGCUGCUGGCGCUCUGCCUCUUCAUGGGCUGGCUGCGCUGGGGCCCGGCGGGCGCCCAGCAGUCCGGGGAGUACUGCCACGGCUGGGUGGACGUGCAGGGCAACUACCACGAGGGCUUCCAGUGCCCGGAGGACUUCGACACGCUGGACGCCACCAUCUGCUGCGGCUCCUGCGCGCUCCGUUAUUGCUGCGCCGCGGCCGACGCCAGGCUGGAGCAGGGAGGCUGCACCAACGACCGCGGCGAGCUGGAGCACCCGGGCAUCACGGCGCAGCCAGUCUACGUCCCAUUCCUGAUCGUCGGCUCCAUCUUCAUUGCGUUCAUCAUCCUGGGCUCUUUAGUGGCUAUUUAUUGUUGCACCUGCUUGAGACCCAAGGAGCCCUCACAGCAGCCAAUCCGUUUCUCGCUCCGCAGCUAUCAGACAGAGACCCUGCCCAUGAUCUUGACCUCCACGAGCCUCAGGGCACCUUCCAGGCAGUCCAGCACGGCCACCAGCUCCAGCUCCACAGGCGGCUCCAUCCGCAGGUUCUCUUUUGCCAGGGCGGAGCCAGGAUGCCUGGUGCCCUCAUCGCCCCCGCCUUACACCACAGGCCACCCAAUCCACCUGUCCCAGCCGUCUGGUUUCCUGGUGUCACCCCAAUAUUUUGCUUACCCUCUCCAGCAGGAACCCCCACUGCCCGGGAAGAGCUGUCCGGACUUCAGUUCCAGUUGACAGGCAUGGCUGUGAGUCUACCAUAUAGUAAAAUGGCAGACAUGUGGAGCCCCACUGCCAUUGCCACACACAUCACUGGGGAAAUUUCCCUUGUAACUGAUCAACGUGAUGGAGGAAAGUGCUAGGAAAAUACAGCGCCUUCUAAUCUUAAGGUUUCUGGCUCCCAUCACAGAAUGGCUGCCUUAGAUAAUGGCUUUCUGGCUUUGCAAACAUUACAUUUCAAUUUAUGCUACUUUUAUUAAAAAAAUGCAGCAGUUUGACUUAAAAGUUGCAAAUUGGCUGAAAAUGUUUUCCUGAACAGUUCAGCUGUAGAGCUUAGAAAAGGGUUACAUGUUCCUUUUUUAUGUAAGUUGUUUGAGUUCUAAGACAGAUAUAUAUAUAUGUAAAUAAGAAAAAUACCUAAUUGUAAUUAUCGAAGGUUCACUUAAAAAAUUAACUAUUAGGUAAACUUGAGGGACAGUGAACACCCUAUUUAUAAUUUUGGGAGUAACCUAACCAUGAAUAAUAUUAGUAUGAUAAAGAAUAUUUACUUUUUAAAUUAAUAACUAAAUUUUCAAUAAAAUAUGUUUUUUUCUGAAUACAAAGUUUCAGUAACCACAUGAGAGUUUAAAGUUUUAAAUAUAUACUCGGACAUUCACUGUCACACAGGUUCUAUCAUUUCCCCACCCACCUGAGGGAAUAUUUAUUGCAGACUUUUUGUUCAGCAACAUUUAGUGUUUAAAUGAAAGUUGAACAGUUGGAUCUUAAAGCAUUUAUUUGUAAAAUGAAUUAUGUACAAAUGUAAAAAUUUGUAAUUUAAUGUAUUUACCACAUUGACGGUACUAAUUAUUUAGUAGUCAUGCUGUAAUUUUUAUGUUAAUAAUAACUGUGGAGUUCAAAGUCCAGCUAUUGGUAUAGUCAUCUAAUAUUACAUAUCUCAAGUACCGCUGAAUUUCAUGUCUGAUGACUACAUGUUUGGGCAUAUAUCCUGCCGGGUUAAACGAAAUAAAAUAUGUUUUCAUGAACUCU